AUGGGAACUGUGAGAUUUUACAUACUGCUGCUCCUGUUGUUGUUUGGGUCCAUCCACAGAGGGAUAUCUCAGGUUCCUGAGUGGAAUGGAGAGCUGGAAGGUGAGAUAGAAUCGAUUUCCCAGCCGAAUUUCAUAGAUGACACAUACUGGUCUGGGUCAGCCCCGCUUUGUUUAGGAGGUUGUAAAGCGCGGCACCGGGAGCUGAGGAGAGAUCACUGUGGAGACUCUAGCUGCUGCUGGCUCGGCUACAAAUCCUUGUGCAGAGUGAACUGUGGAAGGCCAGAUGUGGACUACAAUGGAGUAGUGUAUGGUAAUGACUGGUGGGUGGGAUCUGUGGUGAGGUACACCUGCCGCUCAGGAUUCAGGCUUAUUGGAAACUCUACCAGAUCAUGUCAGCCUAAUGGCCUCUGGACUCCAAAGCCUAUCUGCCUACGAAUGUGUAAGCAGGGGCAGAUUGAAAUCCGCGAGAGUGAACUGAGUGGGACAUGCAACUCCACCUGCGUGGGUAAGAGCUACUUCGGCCCACCCAAACGAGGCUGCACUCAGAUAGACAACUGCAGGAAGAAGGAGACCGGCUGGAAACGGUUCUUUGCACAAUGUGUCCCUUGCAUUUGUGACUGCGCUUUCUCGUGUGUGUCUGCAGGCUAAAACACAGAGAUGCUUACAGUGCAACAAGGCUGCAGACAAAGAGGAGACACAAACCGGCUGUAGACCAAAG